AUGGCCCUAUAUGGGGCGCCGAUUUGGGCCGACAGGCUCAAUGCAGAAAAUAGGGCUCGACUCCGGGCCCCGCAAAGAGUGGUGGCCAUUCGGGUGGUGCGGGGCUACCGCACGGUGGCGUGGGCGGCGGCAUGCGCCUUAGCGGGCACAAUGCCCUGGGAGCUGGACGCACAGGUGCUCGCAGAAGCGCACAGAGAGCGGGAAAGGCGCAGGGCCCUGAAUGAGUUCCCCGCUCCCGAAGAGCUAAGAGAGGAGCGCCGCCAAGCGCAAAUGAGGAUGAGGGACCGAUGGAAAAACGACCUGGAGGACUCCCUCUAUGAAGUUCGCACUCCUCCCGUCGUUCGACCAAUGGCUGGAGAGGGGGCAUGGCAAGAUCGGGUUUAG